CGGCGGCGGCGGCGGCGGCGCUGACACCUCCCACCAUGGACAGCUUCGAUUUAGCCCUGCUCCAGGAAUGGGACCUCGAGUCGCUGUGGGGUGAAGACAUCCUAAGCCAGAGGAAUGAUUCUCUAGUUCUGGAAUUUCAGGCAUCAGCCAGCAGAUGCAGGAGUGUCUAUGAACCAGAUAGGAAUGCAUUACGGAGGAAAGAGCGAGAAAGAAGAAAUCAGGAGACACAGCAGGACAGUGGCGGCUUUAACUCCGGUUACUCACUCUUCAGUGAACCCUACAAGACUAACAAGGGGGAUGAACUCUCCAACCGGAUCCAGAAUACACUAGGAAAUUAUGACGAGAUGAAAGACUUUUUAACUGAUAGAUCCAACCAGAGUCAUCUUGUUGGUGUCCCCAAGCCAGGUGUUCCUCAGACUCCUGUGAACAAGAUCGAUGAACAUUUUGUGGGGGAGUCCAGAGCCCAGCCCCAGCCCUCAUCCGUCUGCAGCACUGCCUCCUCCACACCAGCAGCCGUCUCUGUACAGCAGGGCAAGAGAGGCACCAUGGGCUGGCAGAAGGCUGGGCACCCGCCGUCUGAUGGCCAACAGAGAGCAGCGCAACAGGGCUCUCUCAGGACCUUGCUUGGAGAUGGUGUUGGCAGACAGCAGACAAGGGCCAAGCAAGUGUGCAAUAUGGAGGCGGGGCUUCAGACCCAGGAGAGGCCACCGGCAAUGGCAGCCAAGCACAGCGGCAGUGGACACUGUGUUCAGAACUUUCCCCCAUCCCUGGCUUCAAAACCCAGCCUGGUACAGCAGAAACCAACUGCCUACGUGCGGCCAAUGGAUGGCCAGGACCAGGCUCCUGAUGAAUCUCCUAAGCUUAAGUCAUCCACGGAGACUGCUGUGCACUGUGCAGCCUACAGAGGGGUCCCAGCCAACAAACCAGAGUCAGCCAGAGCCAAAGCCAAGCUUGCUAAGUUCAGCAUCCCCAAGCAAGGAGAGGAGAGUAGAUCUGGAGAAAGCAACAGCUGUGUGGAAGAAAUAAUUCGGGAGAUGACCUGGCUUCCUCCACUUUCCGCUAUUCAAGCUCCUGCCAAAGUGGAACCAAGCAAGUUCCCAUUCCCAAAUAAGGACUCGCAACUUGUAUCCUCUGGACACAGUAAUCCAAAGAAAGCUGAUGCGGAGCCCGAGAGUCCAGACAAUGGUACAUCGAACACUUCAACUCUGGAAGACGACCUUAAGCUAAGCAGUGACGAUGAAGAGGGUGAUCAGCAGGCAGCCCAGAGAACAGCUCUCCGCGCUCUAGCUGACAGCUCCGUGGUCCAGCAGACCAACUGUAGAGGUUCUGCGCCAUCCAGCAAGGGCGGCAGCAGCAGCAGCAGCGGUGGCAGCAGCUCCUCCAGCGACUCAGAAAGCACUUCCGGCUCCGACUCCGAGACGGAGAGCAGCUCCAGCGAGAGCGAGAGCGAGGGCAGCAAGCAUCCGCACUGCUCCAGCCCCGAGGCCGAACCUGCGUCCUCUAACAAGUGGCAGCUGGAUAAAUGGCUAAACAAAGUUAAUCCUCACAAGCCGCCAAUUCUGAUCCAAAAUGAAAGCCACGGCCCGGAAAGGAAUCAAUACUACACGCCGGUGAAAGAUGAAGGACAAGACUGCGGGAAACUUCCCGAGAUCUGCCAAGCCAGCCUGAGGGACAAGGAGCUCAAGACCGCCUGCAAGGAGGAGCAGCGACCGAGGACCGCAAACAAGGCCCCUGGUAGCAAAAGUGUAAAGCAAAAGUCCCCACCCGCUGCGGUGGCUGUGACCGCAGCUGCACCGCCGCCUGCGGUGCCCAGCGCACCCACGGAGAGCGCGCCCGCGCCCACCCGCAGGUCAGCAGGCAAGAAGCCCACCCGGCGCACCGAGAGGACCUCAGCAGGGGAAGGUGCCAACUGCCACCGGCCGGAGGAGCCAGUGGCCCCAGACACGCUGGGGGCGAGCGUGGUGGGACCCCUAGAGCCCCCCAAAACCAGGCCCUGCGGUAACAGCAGGACAGGCCACCGCAAGGACCUGCGCUCCUCCGUGACCUGUGAGAAGCGGCGCACUCGGGGGCUGAGCAGAAUCGUCCCUAAAUCCAAGGAGUUUAUUGAAACAGAAUCUUCGUCUUCCUCUUCCUCCUCGGACUCAGACCUGGAGUCAGAGCAAGAGGAGUAUGUCCUGUCCAAGGCUCCGACCACCACUGGGAGCGAGCAGCGGCUGAAGGAGGCCACCAGCAGCAGUAGCAACAGCACCUCCCGGGCUUCUGUGGGCUCCAUCAACGCCAGGACCACCAGUGACAUUGCCAAGGAGCUAGAGGAACAGUUCUACACCCUGGUCCCCUUUGGCAGGAACGAACUACUUUCUCCACUGAAGGACAGCGAUGAGGUCAGGUCUCUCUGGGUCAAAAUUGACCUGACCCUCCUGUCCAGGAUCCCAGAACACCUGUCCCGGGAUCCUGGGGUCUUGAGUGCUCCUGCAGCCAAGGACGCUGAUAGUGCCCCAGCCAGCCAUGCAUUAGACACACCUGCUGAAAAGACUUUGCCAAAAUCCAAGAGGAAACGCAAGUGUGACAACGAAGAUGACUACAGAGAGAUAAAGAAGGCCCAGGGAAAGAAAGAGAGUGCUUCACGCCUAGCUGCCUCCACUAAUAACACCUUGUCCGGCAGCCACUGCAACAUGAACAUCAACAGCUUGGCAAUACCAAUAAACAAGAAUGAAAAGAUGCUCCGAUCACCCACUUCGCCACUCUCCGAUGCAUGUAAACACAAAUACUCCAGCGAGGACUUGACUUCUUCCAACCGACCUCACGGCAAUGGGUUGUUGACUUCAGCGUCUUCCAACAAAGAGCUUAAGGCUGAGAACCAGCUGCAGACGCAUGCUGGAGACCUCACGAAGGCCUCCCACAACGGUUCUGAAAAUGGCAUCCUCCACAGCAAGUCACGGCCUCAGACUGAGCCGUGGUCUCCAGGUUCCAAUGGCCACAGGGACUGCAAGAGACAGAAACUGAUCUUCGAUGACAUGCCUCGAAGUGCAGAUUAUUUUAUGCGAGAAGCUAAGCGGAUGAAACAUAAAGCAGACGCCAUGGUGGAGAAGUUCGGGAAGGCCCUGAACUAUGCUGAAGCAGCCUUGUCCUUCAUCGAGUGUGGAAACGCAAUGGAACAAGGGCCAAUGGAAUCCAAGUCCCCAUACACCAUGUACUCAGAGACGGUGGAGCUCAUCAGGUAUGCUAUGAGAUUAAAAACCCACUCAGGCCCCAAUGCCACACCUGAGGACAAACAGUUAGCUGCGCUUUGUUAUCGAUGCCUGGCUCUCCUGUACUGGCGGAUGUUUCGACUCAAAAGGGACCAUGCUGUAAAGUAUUCAAAAGCACUUAUCGACUAUUUCAAGAAUUCAUCGAAAGCUGCCCAAGCCCCAUCCCCAUGGGGGUCCAGUGGCAAGAGCACUGGAAGCCCAUCCCCCAUGUCUCCCAACCCUUCUCCCGCCAGCUCCGUGGGGUCUCAGGGCAGCCUCUCCAGUUCCAGCGGCCUGUCCCCAUCGACCAUCGUCAGCAUCCCUCAGCGCAUUCACCAGAUGGCAGCCAAUCAUGUCAGCAUCACCAACAGCAUCCUCCACAGCUAUGACUACUGGGAGAUGGCUGAUAAUCUGGCCAAGGAAAACAGAGAAUUCUUCAAUGACCUGGAUUUACUCAUGGGACCUGUCACCCUGCACAGCAGCAUGGAGCACCUGGUCCAGUACUCCCAGCAAGGCCUGCACUGGUUGCGGAGCAGCGCACACCUGGCCUAGGGACCACACCUUUGAGCCAGACUGUGUUUUCUUCUCCUCAGUGGCUCAAUGUUUCCGGACACUGUGCUACUGACAUUCCCCAAACCACAGUGAACAUCUCCUCAGAGUCUAACAGCAAUGUUUCUCUGGGGGGCUGGGGGGUGUUUAGAUGUGGGUUCAUACAAAGCUGCCUGUGUAUGUGUGUAAGAUCAACAGCUCUUCAUGCGUAUUCCCUUUGUCUAGUUUCUAUAACCCCAGGCUAGACAGUGAUUAGAGGCUCCUCAUUGGAGGAAAUCCAUGCAGUACACAUGUGCUCGCACACUCAGACACAUCCUCCCCCCAGUGCUAAGCCAUUGCCUUCUCUUAGAAAGUUCCACCGAAAUCUCAUGCGUUGCUGAACCUGGUGAGCUCCAGCACACAGAGAGCAUAACUGCCGGACAAGUUGAACCUGUCUCUUAUUACUGGUUCCUUUCAGUAUUAUAUACAAUUCCCCAUUUAAUUUUGGUUGUUGUAUAUUAUUAAUGAGCAAUUGAUGAAAUAAGUCAGUUAUUUUUGUGCCAGAAAUUCACUAGAAUGCAUGUUACCAAGCGCCUUGCCCCUCCUCUAGUACCCUCCCCCGCCCCCAUUAUCUACCAAACAUAAUAUAAACCAAUGGAGUCCCCCAAGAGUCCCUUGUCUUGUCCCCACAUAUGGCACCAGGAUUCAGUAAAAGCUCAGCAACCACAGUAGCAGCAGUGACUGUUCUGGUUCAGAAUGAAAGUCUUCACCUGUGGCAGUGAGCCCUCCAGGCAUGUGCAUUUCCUCUCUCUGCCACUGUGACUCUGUGGCUGUGGUCAGCCAAUCCAUUUCAAGUCUCUUCUUUCCACAGUAGCUUUCUUGCAACCUUUCUAGGCCAAAUGAAGACGUUGUCUAGAGUAUGCCAUCCCUAGAUUUGGCUGUUGCUUCGCAGACUCAGACACACUCACUGUUGUCACCCACCCGAUUCUUGCUCUUCACAUACCAUGUGCAACUCCAGGCCUUGAGUGACAGACAUUUUGACUUGGGGGAUGUUUUUCAAGCUUUCAUUGACAAGCUGCUUAUGAUGCAGGGAAGGUUAUCCCUGUGGUGAUCAAAACUCGGUUUGGAGUAGCAACAACCAGAAUGUCUUGCUUAUAAUCUUUGCAUCUGGUGUGUUUAUGUAUCAGCCAUGCGUCUUGUCUUCUUUUUUUUUUUUUUUAUUGAGUUUGUUUUAGUUUUUCAGCACCUCCUUUACAGUUUUUGUCUAAAGUUUGUUUUCUCAUGUUUUUUUAUCCCCUAGAUUUAGUCUUCUUGUUAAAUAUAUGUAGAUCUGAAAUAUUAGUAUAAAGAAACAAGUCCAGUAAGCAAGGUAUAUCUUACAAUGCUUAAGAACAAACCAUUGUCCUUGAGUUACUUGACAAAACUAUACCAGGUCAGCCAGAAGGAGAUAGGUAAGACCACCUGCAGAGCCCUGCAUUAUUCAAGGUGGCCAAGGUGUCACAAAGUGUAUGUCCUAUGUUUUCUCUGUCUCUCUGUGAGCUUGGCUAUGUACACAUCACCAUCUGUCAGCUUUGUCAGUAGGUGAGAAAUAAGAUUACUCUUGUUCCCCAGUUCCAAGGGUGGAUUCAAAGCUAUACAAACAGUUGAACAGGUUUGGUGAUUUUCACCAAAGUGGAUUGUGGAAUUUGCAUCUGGCUUUCGCCCUCAAACACUUGAAAUUUUUAGCAGUACAUUGACUUCAGAUGUUUGGGACCAGAACUGUUUUUCUAAGACGUUAGGAUAUUUGUGAAUACAUAAGGAGGUAUCUUGGAGGAGAGGAUUCAAGUCUAAACAUAAAUCUCAUUUAUGUUUUAUAUAUACCCUGUACACAGGAAGGUAAUGUCUGCAAUAUUGAUUGUAAACCAUCCCAAGAGGUCAGCCGUGGGAUUUACCACUGGCAUCAUAGCACUGUACAAGAGGUUUUAGAUUUUGGAGCAGUUCAGGGUUGAGAUUCUUGAAACAAGGUUUCACCUCCGUUUUCAUCUUUGUAUUUAUCUAUACAACACGCUCUUUGCAAUCCCUUUCUCUUAAUUGUUGACAGGUCUGUGAUCCCAUCCUGUGUUUAAAGUCUGAAUAUAUGAAAUUGAAUUACCUUGUGUGCAGCAUUGAGACUUUGUUCUAGUUACUCUUGGUGAAUUCUGGCAAAAAGUUCAAACUCUCAUAUAGAGCCAUACCCUCAAGGGCCUCUGUGCACCCUUGGGAAGUUUCUCUGCUCCUGCCUUUCUUUAAAGUUACAGGCUUAGUUGUGACACUCACACAAUCCACAUUCCUGGGAAGCCCAUCAAAUUGCAAAGUGGCCUCUGGCUGAUUGUACCAGCACAGGUUUGACAACACACUGAUGACCUGCUUCCAAACAAAACUGCUAGAAACUGGUCUGGGCCAGGGGCUUGGAGUGGCGCAUAGUCAGAGUGUGCAGGUCCUAGUCAAGUCUCUUGCCUCAUCCAUGGAGCAGUGACAGGCCCAGUAUAGGUAAUUUUAUUAAGAAACUGUCUUGCAUCUGAUGGGGCUCAAUGUUGAUAAUUCUGGUAAGGGACUGUCUUCCACUUGAUGCCAUGAAAGCUCAUCCACAACAGGUUCCUUUUCUUAAGUUGGCUCGCAAGUGGAAACAUCUUUCUUACAGUUUAUGACUAUAAAAAUCCUACAUGUUCAUUAUAGGAAUUCAAAUAAUGCUGAAAUGUAGACGAUGCAAGCCUGUGGUUGCCUCACCCCCCAGGAUGACCACAGCUCAUUGAUCCCGUGUCUUUCCAGAGAGUUUUACAUGUAAGCAUAACAUCUAUCACCACUUGUUUCUAUUGGAAGACAUAUUCUGACCUCAGAUGUCCUACCAAGUCCAGCUGGUCUUCCCUCUCAUGACCUGAGUAGGUGCCACCCUCUGUCACAAUGUUAGAAUUACCUUUGAAAGGGAGCAGCUUAGAUAUUCCUGAACAGACUGUGGCAUUAGUUGUUACUCUGUGGGCAUCAGUCUCUGGUGCAGAUAUGCCCAGAGAGAGAAGAUCAGUUAAAACAGGCUUUUGGAGACAUUCAAGUGGAAACUAGGUCCCACUCUCUGCGAGGAUGCACUGGAAAAUACACUAUACAGUUGACAGUUUGUGUGCUAGAUUGAACACUUGGAAUGCAAUGCAAUGAGACUUUCUGCACUAAAAUGUAUCCCAGUAUAUACAACAAUGGUGUGUGUGUGCUGUGCUGUGUAACAGUGACGUGUGCAUCUCUGACACCCAUACAGAAUAGACACAGUUCAUAUAAAUGCAUACAUUUAAAAAUAUAUAUGUACCAAUACAGCUAACACAGAACUGUAGUCCACCUGACAGAUAUUAUUAGUGCCUAAUAUUGAGUCUAAGUCACUGUGUGCCCAGAUCACCUUGGACGUGCAGUCAUUGAUACACAAUCAACACAGUGGGAUUAUUUAUGAAUCACAUCUUUGAAACUGUGCAGUACCAGUAACAUAUGCAUAUAUAUUUUUAAAUAACAUUUUUUCACAGUUUUCCAGCGUUACUGUUGAGAUCUGUAUCGCCAAAAAAAAAAAGAAAGAGAAAAAUGCAAGAUUUUUUUUUUAAUGAUGUAGACACUCUUCAGACCCUGUCAUCGGCGUGUGAUCUCCUGUUUAUAGAUAUUCAAGAGACUUUAGCAGUCACCAGCCUUAAUGCAUGUACAGGAUAUUAUUGUGACUUAAUUUAUCUGCAGUUUUUAAUCCAUAUAAAAUUGGAAUUUAUAAACGGACUUGAAUUAAAUAUGUCUGCCUCUCUAAGGCUGCAAACGAUACAUUAAAUGAUUUAUGUUGUAUGUGGGAGAAA